AUGGGGUUGGUGGCUUCAGUGACUAGGCUUUUCCAGGAGCACCCGGACAUUGCCAAGAACGUGAGAGAAAAGGACCAAUUGGUGAAGGCAGCAUACAUGAACGACCUCCUCAGUCUCAUUGAGACACUGAACAAGCCUCCAUGUACCUUAUCCGUGACUGAGCUAAGCAAAGAUCUCAGGGAGUUGAUGGAGCUAAAAGAAGCGGGCUUCAAGCUAAACUGGUUAAAGAAAAAGCAUGAUGAGGUUUCCUUGGAGUGGAAGAAAGCAAAGUUUGAUGGUACUCGAGACCAAGAAUUUGAGAAACACGCCAAGAAUCUCAAAGCUGAAGAACAUAAGGAGAAGGUCAAGGCUGCUACUUGUGCUGCUAAAGAAGACUGGCUCAAGGGUGUUGUUCGCUCUUGGAAUGAGUGGAGAGUAAGAAUGGGUUUUGUUGGUAAGGCAAAAAUAAACUAA